AGAAAGCUGAGAAGAAAGCUGGAGGUGGCAAGAAGGGCAAAGGGAAAAGCCCGGUGGUGGAUGUCCUUCCGCCCGAGGGCAUGACCAAGGAACAGCUGGACGAACACAUUGGGCGGAUCCAGGAGGAGUUGGACCGUGAGAGAGAGGAGCACAACUACUUCCAGCUGAAGCGGGACAAGAUCCACACCUUCUGGGAGAUCACCCGGCGGCAGUUGGACGAGAAGAAGGCAGAACUGUGCAACAAGGACCGCGAAAUGGAGGAGGCAGAAGAGCGUCACCAGGUGGAGAUCAAAGUUUACAAACAGAAAGUGAAGCACCUGCUUGAGCACCAGAAUAACCUCACGGAGCUGAAGGCGGAGGGUACGGUGUCCAUGAAGCUGGCUCAGAAGGACCACCGGUCCCAGGAAAUGGAGCUGCGUAAGGACAUGCGCACCCUGAAGGUGGAGCUGAAGGAGCAGGAGCUGGCCAACAAGAUGGUGGUGAAGAACCUGCACCUGAAACAACAAGAAGACACAACACAACUGCGUAAUGACUUUGAGAGACAAGUGAAAGGUCAGUUCUGGGAUUGGCCAUCAAAAGCCGCAGUAAAAUGAGCUGUGUCCACACCAAGGCUCCUCCCUUCAGGUUCAGCAGGCCAGCGUAUUUAUUAUUUACUUGUUUAUUAUUUAUUAAAGUGUUUAUAUAACAAGAUCUCAGGAUAUCAUACAGAUAAAAUCAAUUUAGAACAACUUUAAAAAUUCAGAAUAA